UGUUAAUUGGGCGCCCAGAGUGCAGCUGCUAGGUAGAGCUAAACAGAUAUGUUAGCAGUCGGUUACCGGUGGAGAUGUGCUGUUAUUUGUGACCUGUUCUUGUAAGAUAGAAGACCUGGACAGUAGACGGAUAUGUUUUAAUAGUAUAAUUACGAGCAGCUUCUGUUCGUUUGCUUAUAAAUGCCAAAGUCGCCAUAAUUAAUCCAGUGUCUGGGUUUUGUCGGAGAGCGGAAUGAGUAAUUCGCUCUUCGGGGUCUUGCUGUCUGCCGUGAUUGCCUGGCAGACCAUGACGCUUGGAUCAGGCUGUGACGGAGUAGAAUGUGGGAAAAUAAAAUUGUCCGGGAAGUCUGUUCAGCAAGGCGAAUUCAGUCAUCAGUUUAAUGAGAUGAAUGCCCCAACUUCGGAACGUCAGCAUCGCGACUCGGGAACUGUAUUCCCUUUUAUCGGCCUCACAGGAAGUGCUAAACUGAGUCGCAACUGUUGUAAGAACGGAGGCACUUGCAUACUGGGGAGUUUCUGCGCCUGUCCAAAGCACUUCACCGGACGAAGCUGUGAAUACGACGAACGCGUCAGGCAUUGUGGAGUUAUACCUCAUGGAGAGUGGGUGCAAAAAGGCUGCUCGUAUUGCAGAUGUGGAUAUGGAGUGCUACACUGCUUUCCUGGGGUCUUUCAUGGUGACUGUGACGAGUCACCGGAAGUGCGUUGGUUUCGUUCAGAUGCUCCAAGAACGUCUCUGAGCAGUUGUCUCCUGUGUCUGGCAUUGCUUCUACUGUUGUUCUCUCGUUGAAGACUCCAGGACUCUUUUUUUUUAUUAUUGUUUUAUUCAGAAUAUAAAGGCUGACCACAAGUGAAGGAUCACUGUAAUAUAAAUAUAUGUAUACUUGUGUGGUUUUUUUUUUUUUUUUUUUUUUCCUUGUGAAAGGCAUCAAUUAUUGGCAGCACUGAAAUGAUUUUUCUUCCAGUGGAAGUGAAAUGUCUAGCUGUAUUCAAAACAACUGUUUUAAUGUGAAGGAGUUUGUAUAUAGGAUUUAUACACAAUAUAUUAUACUUGUGUUGCUGUGCAUUUUGCCAAUAGAGCUGUUUUUUUGUUUUGUUUUUUUCUCUCGCUUGUAUUUGUUUCAUAAUAAACAUAUCUCAGA